GGAGUCCCUAUAAGGCUGGCAAAGCGCGCGACGCUCUGGGGAACUGAGUCUGGGGUCCAGCAGAGGUGGGGGCAGCGGGGGAGACGAAGCUGCAGAAGUACCCAGCUGACCUCCUGACAGCCGAGAUGGAAGUCGGAGAUCCCUCAGGGGGCGCCCGGCAGGAUGACUUCUUGGCCACCAUGUCAGAAGAGGAACAACAGCUCGGUCCUGCCCCAGUGGAGGAGAAGCAGCAGUCCCAGGCCCAGGCUAAGAACCUGAUGAGUAGAGUGGCCAGUCUGCCUCUGGUCAGCACAACCUAUGCCAGGGCAUUGGCCCUAUACAGCUCUGUGAAGGAGAACCACCCAUAUCUGAAUUCUCUGUGUGGACUGGCUGAGCGCAGCCUUCAGGGCCUAACCACCAGAGCCGCCAGAGGGGCCCAGCCCAUCCUCAGCCUGCUGGAGCCACAGAUUACUUCAGUGAACACAUAUGCCUGCAAGGGCCUGGACAAGCUGGAGGAGAAGUUGCCCUUCCUCCGGCAACCCUCUCAGGAGGUGGUGACAUCGGCCAAGGACGCGGUAACCAGCAGUGUAACGGGAGUGGUGGGCCUGGCCCAGAAAGGUCGGCGAUGGAGUGUGGAUUUGACUCGUUCGGUUGUAACCAGUGGGGUAGACACAGUCAUGGGCAUGGGACAGAUGGUGACCAAUGGUGUGGAUGCCAUGCUGGGCAAGUCUGAAGAACUUAUGGAUCACUUCCUACCCAUGACUGAUGAGGAACUUGAUGAGCUGGCUGCCGCAGCAGCUGAAGGUGGGGCCCUGGCCCCAGGGGAAGACCAGCAUGGAACAAGCUACUUUGUACGGCUGGGCUCGCUGUCAUCUCGACUCCAACAGCGGGUAUACCAGCACUCACUGGGCAGACUCCGCCAGAAAAAGCACCAGGCCCAGGAAUCUUUCACCCAGCUACAUGAUACUCUGGAGAUGAUUCACCAUAUGAAGCAUGGCUCCAAUCACAACUUCCAGGGUGGGCAGGGAAGGCUGAAGCAGCUGUGGCAAGACUGGAGUCACCAGGAUAAAGAAUGCCACCAGAGCCAGGUAGAAUCGCAGACUCUGGACCUGUCCCGAGACCUAACUCAGGAGCUACAGGCCACAUGUGAGACGCUGGCAGCUAGCGUGCAGGGGUUGCCACCGGCCGUCCAAGCAAAGGUGCUGGAGGUCCAGCAGAGUGUGGAGGAGCUGCAUCAGGCCUUCUCAGCCGCCCGCUCCUUCCAUGAUCUGCCGCUGGCAGUUCUGGCAAAGGGCCGGGGCCACAUGGCGCAGGCCCACACGACCGUGGACGAGCUCCUGGAUUUUGUCCUACAGAGCAUCCCCCUGCCCUGGCUGGUGGGGCCCUUUUCACCCUUAAUAGUGGAACGGCCCUGUACCCCACAGGAACUGAUAGACCAGGUCGAUGAGGUGGUGGGAGGCAACAGGUCCAGCCUUCUGGAGGACCGUUGGGCCAAUAUGGAUUGGGUGGCCCAACAAGAAGCCUGGCGAGCUGCUCAGGAGGCCGCCGUGGCAGAGGAAGUCGAACCACCCGUGAUCCCCAGCCAGGAGGUCAAGAAGGCAACAAUAAUGCCUGAGCUAGACUUCUGAGCAGUCUUCCCCUCUUGACCAAUGAACAAAUAUCAGCUGCUGGGCAAGUUUAGGGUCAAGCAUCCCCCUCUCCUCAGCCCUGCCUGUCCUCUAAGGGCCUCUCCCAAGGGCAGGGGUCCUGAAGCCCCGAAGACCUGUUUUUGCCAACCAGAACCUGAUUGCUUGGGUCUUUGAGCCAAGGGACUCAAGGGACAAGGGUACUCAGGACAGUGCAAAUGGAGAGAACCAGUCUGAGCUUAAGGUUGGAUAGAGGGAAUGCUCAGAGAAGAGGUGGGGGCUGAAUAUAUAAACCUGAGGUUGAUCUGUCCAUAGGUGAAAAUGGAAGCCAAGAGCUUCCAAUGAAGUUGCUUGGGGAGGGAAAGUCAAGUGAGGAAGGCUGAGGACAGAACCCUGGGGAAGAGGAGGGAGGAAGCAUCCACAGUCGAUGAAUUAGAAAUGUCUUUUCUUCCUCAGGAGUGAUGGUUCAGGUGUUCUUUCUAAGGUGGGGAAAGCCAGUCUCUGCAGCUAUUGGUCAGUGAUUUAAAGUUCUUUUUUCUAGACUGUAGGGUAA